UUUUUUUAAUUGCGCUCCGCACACACACACCAAUUUUGAGUGCAUCUUUAUCCGGCUUUGUCUUUUUCAAUCAACCGUUCUUUUUUUACUCAUGGUUCGGGUGCAAAACAAAUAGUUUCUUAUUCAGCUUUUCUAUUUUUCAGCCAUAUUUUACAGCGCUCCUUUGCUAAAUCCGACAUCCUGCUCAUUCGCAGGGCGAAACUAAACUUACAUUUGCGCCUCUCGAAUAAUUCAAAGCACGCUUAUUCGACUGACUGCAUAUAACACCAACCCAAGUGGUACAACAGUCACCCAUAUAUCAGCACGCAAUGCUCGGCGGCAUUUCACUAUCAAAGCGUUGCCUGGCAGUUUCCAGCCUGGGCCAGGUGGCCCAUGGAUUCAAGCACGGCAUCUUCGCGAUCACCAGCCGCAACACCCUCGCGUCGCUCAACCCCGACAACGGAGAGAUAACCUGGCGGCAGAUCUUUGACGCCGAUGAGCCCAUUAAGGCGCUCAAGCUGCGCGACGGCCAGGCAUUGACGCUCUCAGGGACCAACAAGACCCAUGUGCGCGUGUGGGACGCGGACAGCGGCAGCCUCGCCUGGGAAUUCUUCCAGCCAGCUGACGCCAACUACCGGAAUGGCAGCGGGACGGCCGAGUUCCUAGUUGGAAGCAAGGACGUAGUGGCUGUGGCUGGCGAUUCGUUUAGCACUCCUGUUUGGGAACUGGCGCUUAACGCAACAGGCACGUACAAGAGGAUUGUAGUUGAGAACAAGGUUGCUUUGCCCACCAAGAAGAACCCCAAGGCCAAGCUGCAGGUGAUCGAGGUUGACCUGAAAACUGGUACCAUUGUGAGAAAGUACCAGGUGGCUUCUGACCAGACUUUGGACAACAACCGGCUCGUGGUUCUGGAGUCCAAGGAGUACGGCAGCUAUGUUGUCUGGCGCGAGGAGAAGAACAUUGUCUGGCAGAUCCACCGGCUCGGAAUGACCGAUCCCGAAUGGGAGAUGUACCACGCAAAGAUUGUGCAAACCGAGCUCAUGCCCCCAGACAUGCUGACAUCCACCCUCCACGAAAUCGACACCGACCCGGGGCUCAACGCAGAUAGGCCACGCUUUGCCAUGAACUACAUCAAGGACGGCAAGGCCAAGACUGUGGUUGUUGAGAUGUACCGUACUGGCGAUAAGCUCGAGAUGCGCAAGAUUGUGGACGACGCAGUCAUUGCCGGCUCCGGCGUCUCUGUCUCAGCAAAGAGCAGCGACAACCAGUCCGAGCGCGCAGUGCUCGCAGUUCGCACCGCAGGUGAUACACCCACGCAUACCGGCGAGUUUGUCUAUGACAAGGGCAUGUACGGCCCUGUCACGUCCGCAUCGCUCUACUACACCAACGGCGAGCUGCGCGUGCUGGUCCAGACCAGCGGUGCCCUGUGGUUCCGCGACGAGUCUCUGGCCCAUGCCACCGAUAUGCUGCCCGCGCCCGUCUCAUCCGCCGAGUAUGUCGCCAAGGCUACUGAUCCGAGCGUGCUGAGCUCACCUGUCACCCGCUAUAUACUGCGCUGGUCGGCCGCAUCAUGGGUUGCCUCUGGGUUUGGAGCCUUCGACCUUUUCUCCGGCGCCAACAGCUCGGAUCCGGCAUCUCGGUCGGUUGCCGAGUCCCUGGCGCCAAAGACGCCCAUCACUGUCGGCGACCACUUUGGCUUCCACAAGCUGUCGAUCUUUGCUCUCAGCACGAAGGAGGGAUCACGCUCGUGGACCCGUUUCCUGACUGACAACGGCACUCCAGUGGCUGUUGAGAACGUCUUUCCCCUGUCCGACUCUCCGCCUCUGGUCACGGUCGUUGGCCGCAACGCCGACGGAAACUCUCUCGUUGUUGUGCUCAACGCCCUGACUGGCGAACUCAUCGACGAAAACGCCUUCAAUCUCAUGCCCUUCAGCCACGUCAAGGUCUUUGAGCUUCCGGCUGUCGACCCGCAGCUGCUUGGAUUUGUGUCAUAUGCCUCCGAGGCGCAGCCCCAGCUCAAUAUUUGGCCAUCCACUGCAGAUACAGCCAAUGCCUUCUGCUCUAUCUCCGACCCAGUCUUCUUUGACCUCGGAGACAACGCAGGCAGUACGCAGCUGAGCGGCUUCCCCGAUUUGUCGGAGCUCCUUGCCUGGACCACGGGCUCAGCAUUCGCUGCCAGCAAGCAAUGGGACUUUGAGCUCCCCAACGCGGAGACCCUGAUCAGCGCCACCGGCUACAAUGGCGCUCAGAGCACUGCCCUGCUUGGCCGCGUGCUCGGCGACCGCAGCGUGCUCUACAAGUACCUCAACCCGCACUUGGUCACGCUUGCCACACGCCUCAGCGAGGCUGGUGGAUUGGCAUAUACUUUGUCGACCGCGUGUCUGGCCAUCUUCUGUACUCGGCCGUCCACGAGAAGGGGAAGGUCACAGAGAAGCAGCCGUUCCUGGCGAUCCAAACUGAAAAUCGCGUCAUCUACCAAUUCUGGCAGGAGGGCAUCCCCGAGAUUGCCGGCUCCCCCAUUCGCUCAGAGUCUCCACAUCACCACGCGCGACGUGCUGUUCGGGCUUGCGUCGAGCAAGCUGCUGGGCCUACCCGACCAGAUGUUCGACCCCCGCCGCCCGAAGAGAGCGCCCACGAAGGAUGAGCAGGCUGAGGGACUGAUCCCCUACGCGGCGCCUUUGCCCCUGGACCCCAAGCGCGUCCUCUCGCACUACAACACUGUCGCUGGAAUCACGCACAUCAAGUCGGCGCCGACGCACCUCGAGAGCACGUCGCUGGUGGCUUCUUUUGGCCUUGAUCUGUUCUUCACCCGCACAAGCCCCUCGGGCACUUUCGACCAGCUUUCGCCCUCAUUUAGCAAGGUUAAUUUGGUCGUCACCACACUGCUCUGGCGAAAGCUCACCAAUCAGGCGUGGGCGUAAGAUUUGUAGGGUUUUUUUCGACGCUUGAAUGCCUUUGUCUCAAUAAAAAACAA